UGCAGGUCCUCCGGCAAUCCAUUCAAGCCAGCAAGUUUGGAGAGCGUGUUGAGUUUAAUCAAUUCAUAACGUCGAGAUGGAGCCGAACUCACUGAAGUGGGUGGGCUCGUCUUGCGGUUUACAUGGACCAUAUAUAUUCUAUAAAGCCUUUAAAUGUACCCGGGAUGGCAAAGCGAGAAUCCUCGCUCUCGGAGACUUUUUCUUCGUCAGAUGCAAACCCGAGGAUCCUAUAUGCAUAGCGGAGCUCCAGCUUCUCUGGGAGGAAAGGACAAGCAAGCAACUUUUAUCCAGCUCCAAACUUUAUUUCCUACCCGAGGAUACUCCCCAGGGACGAGCCGUCGCUCACGGAGAGCACGAGGUCAUCGCCGUGUCCGAGAAGGUGAUCGUGCGACUCCAGGACCUGGUGAAGUGGACGGUACCGGACUUCUCGGGAUGGGCCAACGGUCUGAAGGUGGAGCCGCUCAAACCCUCGGUGCUCCGCGAGCUGGGGACCAACGGGCGGCGCGAGGCCCUCCACCGCUACAGGGAGAGCACGCUGACCAGCGGCCUCAACUUCAAGGAUGUCCAGAGGGAGCGGGCGCAGCUAGGCCAAGAAGAGGACGGACGGAAAGUGUUAGUCCUCAGUUACUCCCAGUACUGUCGCUACCGCUCCGUUCUGGCUCGGCUCAGAGAGCACCCGUCCUCGCUGUUCAUCGAUCACACGGUGCUGGCGCUGGGCGGUAUUCCUGCGCUGGGCGGCAGCACGAGAAUCCUGUACUGCCGCGACACCUUCGAACACCCCACCCUGCUUCAGAAUGAGAGCAUCUGCGACGAGUUUGCUCCGAACCUGAAGGGGCGACCUCGAAAGAAGAAGCUUUCCAUCUCUCAGAGGAGGGACACCCAGGGUCAAGCUCCAGGUCAGGGCUCGUCGGGGUCGACCCAGGGUUCUGCAGCUGUGGCGGCUCCGGACCCCUUGAGCCCAGAGAGCAAAACUGCAACCAAGGUCAAGCCCGGCUGUAAAACGGUACCCAAUGGGAAACUAACUACGCCGGGCAAACAAAGGCCCGCCGGGCUCAGUAAGAAGUCCUCACCUGAGGAGAAGGAGAGAGGAAAGGAGAAGGACAAGGAGGAGAGGAGUGAGAAAAAGGAAGAGAGGAAAGAUGAGGAUACUUCAGAGGAGAGCCGCGCGGAGGAGCAGGCUUUCUUGGUAGAGCUCUACAAGUACAUGAAAGAACGAGACACGCCCAUAGAGAGGAUCCCCUUCCUCGGCUUCAAACAGAUCAACCUUUGGACUAUGUUUCAAGCUGCUCAGAAACUUGGAGGAUAUGAGUUGAUCACGGUGCGCAGGCAGUGGAAGCACGUAUACGACGAGUUAGGCGGAAACCCCAGCAGCACAAGCGCCGCCACGUGUACGCGGCGACACUACGAAAGGCUCCUCCUUCCUUACGAGAGGCACCUCAAAGGCGAACAGGACAAGCCCCUCCCGUUGGCCAAACCCAGGAAGCAGGAGGGCAGCCAAGAGAAGGCGUCUGGAGCCGGCGUCAAAGUGAAAGUAGUAGGGGCCAAGAAACUGAAAGGCCCCAACCAUCCGAAGCUGGGCAGUAAGAAGGAUAGGGGAGAGGUGAAACAAGAACUAACACAGGAGUCAAAGGUGAAAGAAGACGACCAUGAGAUUUCCACAGCCAUAAAAAUCGACGCCGCUCUUCAAGACGAACCGAUUGUAAUAGAGGAGGAAGAGUUGCAUGUCACCCUGAAGAAGGAGGAGUCGUUGGCCGUGGAGCAGCCGUCCUCGCUCUGCCUCAAAGAAUCUGACUGCAGACCGCCCCACGGUGGUUUCUCCCUCCACACGGGGCCUUCCGCCCAACCAGAAUGGAGGCAGAUCAGCGAGGCGCUCCAAGCGAAGCUCGCAGGCGAACAGCAAACUGAAGGGCAUUUCAUUCCAAAAACCUCUUACCUGCUUCCCCGCUGGGAUCAGACUAAAGCUGCUGGACAUGUGGCUCUGCCUGAGCACUUCUCCAAGGUCAAAGACUGCAUUGAGAAUCAUGGCGGGAGAGUGGGGAAAGUGUUGCCUAUGUGCAAGCAGGUGGAUGGACAGUGUAUAGAUUUGAGCACAGAUUCUUACUCGGAAAAGGACGACUACGGGGCGAUUAAGAAGGAGUCGACCCAGACAGCCAUCUACUGCAAAGCCAACCAGGGGGUCAUGUCUCCGUUGGCUAAAAAGAAGCUCCUGUCCCAGGUGUGCGAGUCCAACCCCUACUCCUUUUCCUCUCUUCAGUCUCCACCUCCCGCAGCUGUGUCCUCUCUCCAUCGAGGUGAUCGAGAGAAGGAGAAAAGAAAGAGUGAAGAAGAGUUGCUGGGACAAAGGUACCAGGGUGCGUCCGACAGCAUCCCUGAGGUCUCGCCCAUAUUCAGGCCGUCGGUGAUCCAGCACGCACAAAGCAGCAAGGCUCACCAACACACUGGCGGAGGGCAAUCGGAGAGGAUCGCUGCGGCGGAGCUGUCGGACUCUUACAGCCGGACGGGCCAUCAUAUUCAGCCACAGGCGAGCGUGCCCUGGCAACCGUACCUUACCAGAACCCAAACCCAGGACUGUGCGGAGACCGCCGGGGAGAAAAUCCUCCAAGGUCCAGUCACCCAGUGCAGGAGCUAUACGGGGGACUGCUACUCAUCCCCUCACCUUCACAGCUUGUACAGACAGACUGAGAGCUGCCUGAGCCAAGAGAGAAUGGCUGGCUUUCCUGGCGGAGAGCGGAGAGAGCACUACAGCAGGGAGCGCGAGGGCGGCCAAAGCUUUGUCUGUGCCGGUCUGGAGCAGGAAGGGUUGGUGUACAGAUCUCACUAUGGUGACAGGACUCAGACGCAAGGAGAGAACGGAGAGGCUGAAGACGAGCCCAGAGACUUUUCUAUUUCUAAACCUCUAUCUCAAAGGGUUUCCUCCUUUUCCAAGCCCUCUUUCUGUAGUCUCUCCUAUCCCAUCAUGCAUCACGGUUUGGAUUCCCAUCCUAAGGCGUGCAGAGUCUCGCCUAUGACAAUCUCUACCCCCAAACAAAGCUCACCAGAUACUUCUCAGUCGUUUCCCAGCCCCAAAACCUCAGCCGAACUGUCCCUCAACAGUCCCAUUCGGCCCAGUAAGCGGAGCCUGGCCGAGGCGGACAGCGAAGACGCCCCGGAGAGGAAGGUGCGAGUGGUGACCCCUAUUCACCCGGCCAGCACAGUCCGACGGAGCGACCCUGAGGAGCUGAAACCCGCUGAGCCAGCCCACGCCAUUCACCUCAACAAUCAUCUCCCCGAGGGCCAUUCUAUGACCGCCUACCCCCCGCCCCACACCGCGCCCCUCUAUGCUGGCAUUUAUCCACACGGCACGCUGGUGUCACCAGGCGCCCAGGAUGGGCUCCAGCAGCACCCGGGCCUGCAGUACCUGAAAAGCCAGUCGGCCGUGUCCCCGCUAAUGCCCCCCUUCACCAUCCACUCCAUGAUGCUCCACAGGCAGCUGCUAGCCUCCACCCCCAGCCCCCACCACCUCUACAGGUACCCGGGCGGGGCGGCACUGUACGGAGAGCUGUUGCACCACCUCUACCCUCUCUCGACCCUCCCCCCACCUCAGCUGUCGUCGGUACACCCCAGCACCAGACUUUGAGGGAGAGAAAACACGCUUUCUUUUCUUCACAUUGUUGAAACUGUGUCGGCUUAUUUUCAUUCACAUCGUGGCUUGAGUCGAGG